AAUACUAAUAGAAAAUUAGAUUUCCAAAUUUCCUAUCUUGCAUCUAUGAAGAAUUUUUUAUUACCUAUAUUAGUAAUUUUGACAUAACCUACAUAGAACAGCGAUCGGUGCCAUAUUUUAUCUACCCACGUUGUUAUAUGAAUAACUGAUUACAUUGAUAUGUCUUUUUCAAGCACUAAAUAGCAAUAUUUUGUAAAUAUUUUUGAACAAAUAUAUUUAUUGUGUAUGUAUAUACGUUAAGUAUUAUAGCAACGAUAAUUUUAAUUAACUAUGUUGUGCAACAUAACCAAAGCUUUUGUUGAUGUGGUAUCGCCGGUAUUUUAUCAAGCAAAAUCAACAAAAUUGCAUCAGAUAUCUAUACGCCAUUUUUACAUAAAUGAAAUAAAAAGGCGUUUGAAAGCAGAGCAAAAACUGAAAGAAAAAGCAGAAAAAGAAGCAAAAACAGUUACUCAAGCGAUAGUGGAAGACCGAACCAAAACUCAGGAGAAAAAAGAAGUUCAAGAAGAAGAUAUUGCUCCAAAUGAAUACAUUAAACUUAGGACUCAAGCAAUCAAGAAUCUCAAAGAUGCGAAUGAUAAUCCAUACCCACAUAAGUUUCAUGUAUCAAUUUCAUUGGAAAAUUUCAUUGAAAAAUUCAGUAAUAAUUUAAAACCUGGAGAAAUAUUAGACAAUGAAGUAUAUAGCGUAGCUGGUCGUGUACAUGCAAUUAGAGAAUCAGGUGCUAAACUGAUUUUUUACGACCUUAGAGGAGAAGGUGUUAAAAUUCAAGUAAUGGCAAAUGCAAGACAGUAUAAAGAUGGAGAAAAAUUUGCCACUGAUACUUCUAAGAUAAGAAGAGGUGAUAUUAUUGGUGUAGUUGGAAAUCCUGGAAAAACUAAGAAGGGCGAAUUCUCCAUUAUACCACAUAGUAUUACUCUUUUAAGUCCUUGCCUGCAUAUGAUGCCAAAUCUCUAUUUUGGAUUAAAAGAUAAGGAGACAAGAUUUCGUCAGCGUUAUUUAGAUCUUAUAUUAAAUGAUAAAAUAAGAAAAACGUUUCAUGUACGAGCAAAAAUAGUUGCAUAUAUCCGCAAAUUUCUUGAUGAACUUGGAUUUUUAGAAGUUGAAACACCAAUGAUGAAUAUGAUUGCUGGUGGUGCAACAGCUAAACCUUUUGUUACACAUCAUAAUGAAUUAAAUAUGGACUUAUACAUGCGCAUUGCUCCAGAAUUAUAUCAUAAAAUGUUGGUAGUAGGUGGACUGGAUAGAGUAUAUGAAAUUGGAAGACAGUUUAGAAACGAAGGGAUAGAUUUGACGCAUAAUCCGGAAUUCACUACUUGUGAAUUUUAUAUGGCUUAUGCAGAUUAUAAUGAUUUGAUGUCUAUUACGGAAGAUAUGGUAUCAGGAAUGGUAAAAGCUAUUCAUGGCAGUUAUAAAAUAACAUACCAUCCAGAUGGGCCAGAGGGUGAAGCAAUUGAAAUUGACUUUACUCCACCAUUUAAACGGGUUUCAAUGAUAAAAACUUUAGAAGAAAUUUUAAAAUUUAAGUUGCCUCUACCGGAUAAAUUAAAUACCCCAGAAACAAAUCAAAUACUUACUGAUCUGUGUACCAAACAUGAGAUUGAAUGUCCUCCACCAAGAACAACAGCUAGAUUACUGGAUAAGCUCGUUGGGGAAUUUAUAGAAGAAACUUGUAUCAAUCCUACAUUUAUUUUGGAUCACCCACAAAUUAUGUCUCCAUUAGCAAAAUGGCACCGUUCUGAACCAGGAUUAACAGAACGAUUUGAAUUAUUCAUUAUGAAAAAAGAAGUAUGUAAUGCAUACACAGAAUUGAACGAUCCUAUAGAACAAAGAGAAAGAUUCGAGCAACAAGCAAAAGAUAAAGCAGCUGGAGAUGAGGAAGCUCAACUUGUUGAUGAAAACUUCUGUACUGCAUUGGAAUAUGGUUUACCACCAACUGCUGGUUGGGGAAUGGGUAUUGAUCGUUUUACAAUGUUACUUACAGAUGCAAAUAAUAUCAAAGAAGUACUGCUGUUCCCACAAAUGAAGCCGGAUGAUCCAAAUAAAAACCAAGGAAUAUCUGAAGAUGAUAAAACAUCAAAUGAUAAUGUAAAUCAUGUACAAAACUGAAAGUUUAAUUUAAUUUUCCCGUGAUCUUCUGUUGCAAACUGAAGAAUAAACAAGAUAUACUUCUAAAAACUAAUGAUUUUAA